ACUGUACUUCCGUAAGACAGAGCAUCGUCCUUUUAAACCAUGGCUGAAGGAGGGCAGGGAAGUGGAAAUAUCAUUCUCUCUAUGGGCAAAAUCCAAAAACUUGCUCACGGAAACGUUUUGCUGACAAAUGGGAGUGGAUGGAUCGUAACAUUUCCUCAAAUCCAAGGGGAAAUUUGGCCAGACUUGAGUAAGACAACCACGUCGGACGAACACAGCGACUACCAAACAGUUGUUGCUACUACCAGUCAAGUAGUUUCCAAAAGUGAUUUAGCCUCAGACUUACCUUGGACUGCGGAAUUCUUACCCCAGAAACGGUUUAACCUCGGCAACGAAAAGUUCAGCCUUAGCCUUAGUACGUUUCAUGAAGUGGAUCUUCCCGGUCAAAAGUUGAGUCUCAUGCUCUUUCCAAUCGAAACACUGCAUAAGCAAAAGAAGUUUUCACGUUUUCUAAGCAAUGAAUUGCAACCUAAUCGUUCUCAGUUGUGCUAUCAGGAGGAAAGUAAAGCUGCGUUGAAAGUUUCGGCUAACACCAUGCACGAACUACUUUGCCAUGUCCUUGUAGAAGAUCCCACGCAAAAGAAGCCAAGUCUUAAUAGUUACGUCCUUUCUAUGGACGAGUUAGGCCUAUUCUUCCUUCACCCCUACGGCAACAAGGCCAAACUAAAAACUUUGGAAGACUUCCAAAACACAGAGAAACCAAUGGGCUCGGUGAUAAUAAAAGAAGACGGACGCGUCGUUGGGUUUUUAGCGUUCGGCGACAAAGACGAGAUCCUGCCAUUGUUUUUCCCUCGAUACUUUCAAGGUAUGCUAUAAUCAACGUAAAAUUGUAAAAAUUUUAAAACUGCCUUUCUUGGUUGUUCCAUUUGUUUCAUUUGAACUCUCAAAAAAGCCUCGUUUGAGAGAAAAAUCGAAAACACGUAAGUCAGAAAGACUUGCACCUUUAAUCAGGGGGAAUCUAAUGAUCGUCGAUAUGACUCGAUUUUUGCAGGUUGCAGCGAAAAGUGCAAGUGCACCGUUCGGCUUGGUGGUUGAUAUAUUUAAGUGAAUUUAAAAGUAUUGUGUUUAUCAAUGCUUCAGCUGGUCUCGAUUGUUCCUCCAUGCCAGUUCGGAGGCUCUGAAUUUCUAGAGGUUGUUUUGGGAUAAGAUUUACAUGUAUACUUAGAUGAAUCGCAUAUCCCUCCCAUUCAAUGCUCUGUUUGUUUGUACUAGUUUGGCAAUGAUGGGAUAUUGCAAAGAACAAGUGCACGAAUAUCUAGCUAUUUAAUUUUUCAGUCGUAAAUUACGUGGAAGCACGUAAACUUGUUGGAAUAAUGUAUUGUCAUGAUUUGUUCCUGCAAGUUAAAGGGCAUUGUAAUGUUAGAAUUACGCUCGUCUAACGCUUUCCUUUGUAGAUGACGGCGCACUAAGCCAAGCCGGAUUGACGCAGGAAAGUCAUCCAAAGGAGAAGAAAACAGUUUGCGAAGGCGAUCAUAACCGUAACAAGAAUGGUGGGAGUCUCUUGCUUCCAUUUAACCAAAGCAUAGGGAACAAAAACCCAGAUCUAUAUUUACCAGAAAACGGUAAGAAUCUACAUCGAGAUUUGCGAGGGGAAAGAGUUUUGUUUUUUUUCUUUUGCUGUAAAGUCGAGUUAGAUCAAGUUUACAUGGAUCUCUAUAAGGUUUUGUCACCUGGUUAGUCAGGAUUAUCGUAAGUUUCUUUCAUUCACAUGAAAACAGUGCAAUACUUCAGAGUAUCUUAUAUCUUAAUGAUAUUUAACAAAUAGAGAAGCCUUGACUGUGCUCUGUUCUGUUAUAAAGCACGAAGGAAGCGGCUAGAGCACGAAAGAAGUGUAGGGAGAAACACGAGACGUAGUCGAGUGUUUCUCCCCACUUUUUGAGUGCUCUAGCCGCUUCCUAAGUGCUUUAUAACAGAACAGAGCACAGUCAAGGCUUCUCUAUUUGUUUUAUAAUAAAGAAUCCGUCAAAUUCCCCAUGCAUUACUUUCAAUUUUCAAAACAAAGUUUAUUUCCAAAGCGAACAACAAUGUCGUCAGCAUGCUCUAUACUCUCAUAGAGCACGCUACAAUAAGCCAAUCAGAAUCCCAGUUAGAAUGGUUCAAAUAAUCUGAUUGGCUCUACAAGACUAAAGCUGUCAAAAGUGUCAAACCAUCAAAGUUCACAAUCUGCGAUAGUUUAUAAAUUAAAAUAGUUCGGCAGGUCGAUUUUAACGCUUUCGCCUGAAGUUUUUAAUUCAGAAUCUUCAAGUGAAAUGUUCAGUGAACUUCGGCCGAAUUAUGGCUCAUAAAAAACACGCGAGUUUUUUCACAUGACAAGGUAGAAAACAAACUGCUCAAGGCGAGUGUUUUUUAAAUGAACGACAGCCGAAUUCACCGGAACAUGAAGAUCGCUCGGGAUGACAGCGUCGCAAAACUCGGCUGCAGUGACUGAAGUGACUUUCUACUCAACGUAUCGGAAAGGAUAUCAGAGCGAGCUCUUAUUUUUUCACUCGAAGGCCGGCCGAUGUAGUUUCUGAGGCUUGCUUUACUGUAAUGACCGGAGAUCGCCAUGCUAAGCGAGCCGCGAUGGACUUCAGCAUGAUCAUAUUUGCUCAGACACCGUCAUGAUUAGUAUGAAUUUUAACAGUUAUGUCAGUUUGAUUAUAUUUUUCAUAAUUUCUGUUUUGUUCCGUUUUGUUUUUGAACUCUGAACUUUAUAUACUAUACGAGUGUCAGCUGUUUGAUUUUUAUUACCGUUCGUAAGCUUGCAAUCUAACUGAGCGUGAAUAUCUUUAAAACUCGGAAUGUCUAUUUUGUUUUUCCUUUGAGGAUUUUCGUAUCUCCUCACGUUUUAAUAAUGUAAAUUACGGAGCCUGAUAUGUUUACAAACCUUUCUUUGGUUUUUCUGUUGCUACUUGCCGGCUCGCUUGUUCCGAAAUUUCACUUUAAAUUAUCGGAAAAAAGCUAAAAAGAAGUCCCGGAAAAGGUCGAACAUAUGGCGUUACAGCUUUAGCUCAGUUCUAUGCUCUAUACUCUCAUAGAGCACGCUCUUUCAACCAAUGACAGCGCGCGUUAUAUCCGAACUUUAUUAUAUCUUGAUAGUUUGCAAUAGAGAGGUUAAUUCAUGACUCUGGAUUAAUGCUUACUAGAACAAAUUGUUGGCAAUGAACGCGAACCACUGGAGAUGUCUUAUCCUUCACUCCUGGGUAAUUCAUUAUACCGCACAAGCCAUAGAUCUUACAGUGAACAUUUAGAGCUGACACCAAGGACAGGAAGGAAGUUGUGCAAGAGCAUAAGUUUGCCGCAAAAAAUUCCACUGAAAGACGGUACUGAACUACUUUUAGAGUAAGGUUUACACUUUUUCAACCUCAUAAAAUUUCAUGCUUUACCUCUCUUUUACAAGGAGUUCUUGGAUGUUUUCCAUGAAGAAAUAAGAAUUUAGUUUCCUGUAUUGUUGUAAUUUUUAAUAAUUAUUUAUGACUUUCUAUAACCCAUACUCAAAUUCCAUGAUAUUCUACACGUGGGCCUGGAAAGUGACAUUAGAGAAUUGUAUGAAGUUCAAGGUUUUAUAGAACAUACAAACCCUGAAGACAUUAUUUCAUAUGAUAUAUAGAGGAAUUCUCCCACUUUAAGUGCUUUAAAUUAUUUGAAGUCGGUAUUACUCACCAAUAGAACUUGAAAGCAGGUGGCUGUGACUUUCUGGUCUUUUCAUUACAAACUUCUGCAAAAAUUUUGAACACCUCUCACAAAAACUGCCUUUCUCUGAAAGAACUGUCCAAAGGUGCAGAUCUCGACUUGGAAGCGGGGGAAAACGGAAGAAAAGUGAGGGGUGGGAGGAGCAGGUGGAGAAAGAGAGAUGAGAAUUUGGGAGAUAAGUGAAAAAAAUUGAGGGGUUAGAGAAGGGGUUGAUUCCUACCAUCUUCAUACCCCUUUACUUCACCCAUUUGAAACCAAUUAACUUUUCUGAUGUUUCAAGGCCCUUUUCUCCAAAUUACAGACGAUGAAUGAUGAUGAUGAUAAAGUUAAUGUGUCUUUUAGGCCACACCUAAGAAAGAACUUGGUAUAUCUCUAAUUUGUAGACUAAAGUGACAUACUCAACCACUUAAUCCCAUGACAAGAAUCUAAUUUCUCCUUUUUAUAUUAUCCCUGAAUCAAACAUUAUAAGGUCAUGAGAAUUAAGGAAAUUGCCACCAACUAAAGAAGCCCUUGAUUGUUAAACAAAUUCUCCUUGUCAAUACCUUAGCCAAUGAAUAGAGAACAGUAUGAAGAAUGUGCAUAUUAAUGUUAGGGUGUAAAGGGUGAAUGUUGAAUGACAUUAAUUUUCCACCUUUAAGAUUCAAAGGUUUCAAUGCUGGAAAGCCAUAUCUCUUUGAGAGGAACACUUUGCCAAUAUUUGGACACAUCUAUCAAGGCUGCUAAAGGCUGGAAGUACUUGGCUGAGCUUAAUAAGGUUUCCACAGACCAGUCACUAGAACACCAUUCAAGGUCUAAAGAAAUGUUUGAAGUUGUAGCAUCACAAAAUCCUUCCCUCCUAAUUGGAGAAGUGAAACGUCUGCUAAGGGAACUCAAAAUAAUGGAAGUGUGGAAAUGCUUUGAAAAGCUUCAUGGUAAGUACAAAACAGAUAAAUACAUACCAUCAAAAACUCAGAUUUCUAAAAAAAAAUAUCUUCACAAAAUAGACAAAUGUAAGAUGUAAGAUAGUUCAAACACACUGAUUCUUUUCAUUACAAGGCACAGUAUUGGAACAAGCCAAUCCUAUGAUAACAACUGUAUUCUGAAGACUAUGUGUAGUGAAUGCAAAUAUUGAGUGAUAUAUGUUUAUGCAUACAAAUUGACUGAAAUCAUAAUCAUAUUUAAAUAAAAAAAUAACCCUCCAUAACAGUAAGAAAUGUUGCAAACCAAUAUAAAUACCAUCUUCGUGAUUCAAACAAUACAUAGGUGAUUAUUUUUUGGGGAAAAUUGCUCAAACCUAAGAGAUAAGUUUUCUUGAUUCAAAUUUGCUUUCUGUGGCCUGAACACUAUUUUUUGAUUUGGCCAUCUUCUUUUAUUUAGAAAUUUUACUUUUUAAAUAACUGAAAGGAAUUUGUUAGUUUACUUGUGAUUUCCGAAUCUUUUUUUUUCCUCAAAAAAAAUAAUUGUGAAUGAUUGGACAGCUUUCUUCCAAGUGUUGAGAAUCUGUCCUUUUUUCUGCUUAUACUAUAUUACAAACUGGCCUUCCUCUACAAAAAUAUAGCUCUUUGAGUGAAACUCAACGGCAAAAAAGAAUCUAGUAAAAGUGAACAGUCCAAGGAAGAGGUCCUAGUUAAAAUAAUGAGGCUUUUAAUUGGGAUUCAAAAGGAAGGAAAACUAAAUUUUUUUCAUGGUAGCUGUCCUUAUUAGCUAUCCUGAAUUUUUUAAAAAUUUUUUCCAUUGGUAGAUAACAUGGAGAUUGGAAACUUUUUGGAAACACAGCCUCCAGUCUUCCUAAACAAAGUGUUCCUCAAGCUUGACCAUCUCCCAACUGACCAAUGGCAAACUCUGGGACUCAACUUGGGUGUGGAACGCGACAACCUACGGCACAUAAUGACUGAUUGUGCAAAUCAAAAUCAGAACCCAGCCCAACAUGUGAUAGGAUAUAUUUUUCGAUCACACCCAACAAUGCUGAUGGGCCAAUUCAAGAAAUACUUAUCAGAUAUAAAAAGGAAUGAUGUGAAGGCCAGACUUGAUGACAUGAAAGGUAUUUUUGAGUUGUAGUUGUCAGUAAUAUUUUCCAAACUCAUUGAAUAUCUUAAAAUCUUCUCUAUUAUGCAUCACAUUAGAUACAAAUUGCAGGGCCAUCAUUUAAUGUGAGUCCACUGACCUUCCAUGCAAAUUUUGUAGAGUUCUUGCCAGCAAUCACUAGGGAACCCAUCAAGAAUGUUGUUGGGGAUGUGGCAUUCAAUGGUCAAAUUUCACUCCUAUUUUAUACCACGUUAUGUUAUUUUCCAUACCUGUUUUAUAAACUGACUUCUGAUAAUUGAAUUUGGUUUCAAGCUUUCAAUUAACUCCACAAUCAAGAAUUCUUUUAAGUGCCACUAACCCCCAAAAAUUAUUUUCAAUAAAAUAAAUCUCCCUCUUUUACUGAUAAUCUCAGUUAAAGAACUAUCACAAUCAACUAAAACCUCACAAUUCUGCAAGCAGUUCAAGCUCAAUUUUUUUAAAGUUCACUAUGCGUCUUGGAACCUGGGUCAGGGAAGAUUGUUAUAUCAUCCUGGGAACCACUUCACAAGGCUGUAAUGAAAAACAUUAAGACCUAUUGCCAAGACAAGAAAUUGCCCUUUCUUUGAACAUCAAAGACCUUCCAUAAAGACCUUCCAUAAAGUAACUAAAGAAAGCCAUGUCAUCCAAAGACUCAAACCUGGAAAGUGACUCUGACUCAGAAGCAUCCAAAGCUCCUUAUCAGGGAUGGAGGAAACUGAUUGUUCUCUGAAAGCAAAGCCUCAAAGAAAUGGUGUUAAGACAUCCCUGUCACUACUGAGAAAGAACUCUAUCAGACUCUCACAAGAUCAUCUCAAGAGGGGCACAUGCCCAAAAUGCCUAAGACCACAUAGGGGUGAACAUCACCAUUGACAAAGAUUUUAUAUCAGACCUUAGCUCGAUUAGAAAGAAAGCAGAACCUGACCUUGUGGGAGUCCUGGUGAAAAUUCACCAAAGACAGGUUGAGAAGCUGAAAACAAAGCUCAACUUCCAAGAAUGUAGAAUCAGUGGCUAUAGAUUUAAUUCACUGACAACUGACUGAUAAACAAAUUUUCCAUGGAGUCAAAAGCUAAACUGAACAAGCUCCACGAGCUUCUUCCAAAUUUGCAAGCACAAACAGGCAAAAGAAGUUAAAUCUUCGACCUGUGCACUAUCCACCUCAUCAGAGACAAACAACAAGGGUGAAGCUAAUCCAAACAAGGAUAAAAGAUGCUUAAAAAUAGCAAGCAUUUCAGAAAAUCUGUUAAAUAAUCAAGAGAUGAACAAAUUCACAGCUGAUAAAUCUGCCUCAGAAAUUACAUAUUCUUGGACACAAAAGUGUAUAAAGGCAAAAGAUUAACAGUAAAUCAACCCUUGACAUACAAACACAUUACAAAGAGGAGACCUUCCACAAAUACACAAAUUUUUCUAUCAGGAGUAAGGGACUGGUCAUUAUUUUAUAUAGAGGGGGGGUAAAAAAGAAGUAGGGGUCAAAGCUAUUUCAGAUUGGCAAGAGGGGGUGUUUAACUUUUAAUAAAGAAGUGCAAACCAUAUGUGUGAAACAGUAAUGCUAGAUUGUAUAAUUUUUUGUUCAUUCUAUUGUUUUCUUUUGUUUAAACUCCACCAUUUUGUGAUGGGGGGGUCAUCACAUAAAUAUUGGAUAAAGAAAGGGGGGUCACUCGCUAUUUACAUGGCCUGGAGAAGGGGGGGCCUUAAAGAAAUUUGAUCUUUCCAACAUAUUUUUCCCUCCCCCCCUCCCCUCUAUAUAAAUAAUGACCAUUCCCCUAAGAAAGGAUUUGUAACAGGAAGAGUGGUAUGUUUCCUACAAACAAA